GCAGAGCCAUGCUGCACUGGGGAUACGACGAGCACAACGGUAGGGAACAGCGGCCGGGGCCGUCGGGGCGGCCAGCGGGGUCCCGCGGGCACUUCCCGCCGCUGGGCUCGGCAGCUCCCGCGCCCUCAGGAGAGCUGGGUGAGCUGAAAUGCUUUGCAGCGUGAGAGCGGGCCGAUUUUUGUCUCGGCAUUCUGCAAGGCAGGGGGCUGAGAGGUGUCCGUGCCUGCGGCAUCGCCUGCAGAGCCGGGCCGGGCUUGGCUCCGGGUCGGGUCUGCCGCGCUCCCGCUGGGAUUUCGUUCGCUCCUUUAGCUGAGCAGUUGCGUGCACAGAUCGAGUACGUGGCUGACAGCUGCACCGAUCGGAACUGCUGUACCAGCAGUGCGUCUCUGAUUCCAGCUCUGUUCUGCUUCUACACAGUGGGAAAUCCUAAUUACUUGACUGGGUUAUUUAAAUGUAUAACUAUGCACCUAAGAGGAGAUGCUUUUGGAUUUUAGUUGUUCAGUGGUUUCCUUCAUCUUGUCAGUCUUUGAAGUCCCAAGAUGGGCUGAUCAGCAGGCUUAAAGACUUGGCUCUGUUUUGCAUCUUCAGUCAUGCAAACGCUGCUCCAGUGUGCAGACGGUCUCACAAGUCAUGCAAGUAGAAAUAAAAGUGUUUUUGUAAAUUGUAGGCUCAACUCUGAUGGAAUAUCUUAUAUUGUCUGUACACAAAGCAACGAAAUGCUGUGACAGUAAAAGGAGACAGCUACAUAUUUGCAUGUACUAAUGCCUAUAAGAAUAUGCUUUGUGUAUAUUAUUACUUAGACUUUGGAAUACUGUUUGUGCAAGUACUACCUUUCCUUCCUGCCCCUCUUGUUCCAUCUUUUCUGGAUGGAUGUACUUUUCCUGAAAAACUGGGUGGUGGUGGAUCACAGGGAUGUUGCAAUGAUUGGGUGUGUUAUCUGCUGUUGUGCAGUCUACCCUACCCCUCCCCUGAAGACGUAAAUGGGUCUUGUUUUUCAAAUUUUUUUCUCCAUAUGUUUCUAUGCUUUGAGCUUCACCUGCACUGCCCAGAUAAGAAGCCCACUUUCUCUUCCUUAUCCUAUCUCUUCUUGUUUGCUAUUCUCAACUUAUAGAGAGGGGAGGCCACCAGAAUGUCUACUGGGGUGGCCCUGGACCUCGCUUGAGGCCCUGUCUCUCCUAUAAAACUCUAUUUACUGCCUGCCUGGUAACAUAUUUGAGGUGGAGUCUGCCUUUCACUUCUUUCUUGGAGCCCCACAGCAGCUGUGGGAUGGAUAGUUCCUCAUCAGUCCAUCCCCUUCACCACACCUUUCACAGGAGGUGAGAGGAGGGAGGCAUGGAUAUCAAACACUUCAGUGCUCUUCCCUAGCAUCAGUUUUAUUUCUCAUCUUUUUCUCUUAUACUGCAUUUAUUUUACUGAUUUUGCUUGUUAUUAUUGUUUGAUUGAGUAGCAGGUGAAGGAAAUUGCUCUGAUUCUUGAACAAUUUUGUUUGCCUUCAUGGCCCUGAAAAUAGUUUCUCUGAAACUAAGAUUAUCUUUUGCAAUUCAGACAGAAAUAAAUGGAAUUAAUGAAAUGUGGUGCAGGUAUAUAGCAUGGUUGACGGCCUAAAGAGUUGAAAAGACAUCUGUGUUCACUCUGAGUUCUGCAAUUGCUGCUUGUAAUAGUCACAACAUAAAUCAUUAUGUGCAUAAAGUAAACUGGCCAAUAUUAAAACAUAAAUGUCUGCAUAUAUGGAAUUUCUGUAUUUAAGGACAUGGGCUAACUGUUAGAAUUAAAAGAUUUGGGGAUUGACCCUGACUGGACACCAGGUGCUCACCAAAGCCACUGUAUCACUCCCCUCCUCAGCUGGACAGGGGAGAAAAAAUAGACUGAAAGGCUCAGGGGUUAAGAUGAGGGCAGAGGGAGAUCACUCUCCAGUUGUUUUCCUAGGCAAAACAGACUUGGCUUGGGGAAAUUAGUUUUAUUUGUUGCUUAUCAAAUAAGAGUAAGGUAAUGAGAAAAUAAAAUCUUUAAAACACCUUCCCUCCAACUCUCCCUUUACCUCAGGCCCAACUUCACUCCUGAUUUUCUCUAUGUUCUCUCCUGCACCAGCUGUGGUCAGUUCAUCACAUGUGGACUCUGCCUCUCCCUUCUCUUCAGUGGCAGGACAAGUCACACUCUGCCCCUGCUCCAGCAUGGGGUCCCUCCCAUGGAAACAGCCUUCCAUGAAUUUCUCCAGUGUGAGGGCUUCCCACAGGUUGUAGUUUUUCACAAACUGCUCCAGCGUGGAUUCUCCAGGAGGCCCUAAGUCCUGCCAACAAACCUGCUCCAGCUUGGGCUUCCUAUGGCGUCCUGCCAGGAGCCAGUUCCAGUGUAGGCUGUCCAUGAAGUCAUAACUUCCUUCAAGACACAUCCACCUUCUCCAGUUGGGACCCUCCAUGGGCUGCAGGUGGAUCUCUGCUUCACUGUGGACCUCCAUACAGGGCACAGCUGCCUCACCAUGGUCUUCACUGUGGUGCAGGGAAUCUCUGCUCAGGCUCUGGGACCAUGUCCUCCCCUUCCUCUUGGUGUCUGCAGACAUGUUUCUUUCCCAUAUUCUCACUCCUCUCUUUUGGUUGCUGUUGCACAGUAAAUUUUCCCCCUUCUUAAAUCUGUUACCCAGAGGUGCUAGCACUGUCCCUGAUGGGCCCAGCCUUGUCCAGCAGUGGGUCCAUCCUGGAGCCAGCUGGCACUGGCUCUAUUGGACAUGGGGAAAGCUUCAGCAGCUUCUCACAGAAGCCACACCUGCAGCCUCCCAGCUACCAGUGUCUUGUCACACACACCUGAUGCAGAAGUUCUCGGUUACUUUGGUGCACCUAUUUCUGAAAUGCAUGAAGGCAUUAUUUUAUUUCUGUGAAAACCUUGGCCUUUGCUUUCUUGCCACUUUUCUUACCUCACAGUUCUGAUGUUGCUUAUCUGUAGAGGCAUAAUUCUGAAAUCUUGAAGACUGGCUUCAGUGUGGCGUCAUGCAUGCUUUUCACUGUUGCUCAAGGUUCCUGUCAGGAUGGGAAUGUUCUUGCCCCUUGAGUCCUUUUUCUUUUACAGGGAAUUGCUUUCAUUAAAAGGCAAAUCAAAGAAUGAGUAAGGUUGGAAGGGACCACAGUGGGAAAUCAAUUUACUUCAGUUUACUAUUUGUUUAAUUAAAUAUAUGGGAAUUAUUCACAUUUAUUUUUUGUUACAGCAAAAAAUUCUCUUGAUCUAGUUACUACAGUAAUGAUGAGGCAUUUUGUAAAUAAAAGGGAUAUUAAUUCAUAGAAUAAUUUAUAUUGCAAAAGACCUUUAAGAUACUUUAGUUGAGCCAUAACUCCUUAUACAUUGUUUCUUUCUGAGAAAAAUUACAUCAUUUCAAUAUCUUUUUUAAAAAGUGCUUAAUUUUACCCAUAAUAAAUUUUUAAUUGCUUUUGUUUGAGCUCAUCUUACUGUAACCUAAUAUGCAAUCAAAUUACUUGCAAACCUAAGUUUAUAAAUUUAAGCACUCUGUGAUUGAUAAACUGGGCAAUGGAUUAUCUUUAGAAAUAAAUGAGGAUGUGAUCCUGUCAAGGUCAGACCAUACUAAAAUAAUGAAUUUUCUAUACAUAAUAACAGACUGUGAAAAAAACCAAACACCUUUUCCACCUGUAUGUGCUCCAUUUAUGCUCAUAUAGAAGCUCACUGGAAUUCAACAGUAUCCUCUAGUGUCUUCACUGGGCUUGUCUCAAGUUGUUCUGUUGAUGAAACUUGUAAUCUUUAGCUUCAGCUGGUUCAAAAUGCAACACUAUGAGGUGCUAUAGUGAGUUCUCUUUCCUGCCAAAUUCCUAACUGCCUUCACUGUGAGACCUGUUUCAUGAACUGGCUGUGUGCAAUGCUGGUGAGUGGUACGUGCAGCUAUUGCCUGACCUAAAAGUGUCAGACAAUUCAUUGCCCGUGGUAAUGCUGUGUCCAAAAUAAAGGCAAGAAAUCUUCAGAGCAGAUGGUUCAGUUUUUUGUCAUAAAUCUCAGUCACAAUAGCUUUGAUUGUUAAGAGCUAUUAGAAAAUUGCCUCUAGCAAGGAACGUUUUCCCAACAGCAGAAGAGGCUUUCAUAAGUUCAAAAAUGGCUAUAUUAAUCACUUUCGUUCAGUAAAGGAAAAAAAUGAAAGGAGGUGAAUUAAUGAGUUAUACUCCCUGGAUGUGUCUGAAAGUGCAUAUUUACAUAACUGAAGUGUACAUUAUUUUAAUAUGGAGGCAUCUAAUUCAGAAGAAAUUUUCAAUUUCUUCUGGCGACACGGCUGGCUUAAAUCUGAUUAUAUGACUUGCAUUUGAGUAUCUCUUUCAACAGUAAUGACUUUUUUUUACAACAGUCAUACACAAAGUUUGCAUUGGGCUGUGGUCUGUAGAAAUGAAUUGAGUCAUAGUUUUCCUAGAGUGACAAAAGCAUGAUAAUUGUUCUAGAUUGCUGGUAGAUUGCCUAGUAAGGAAUACCUGUUGAUAUAACCUAGUGGUAUAAAAUGAGUUGAAGAUUCUUGAUACUUUCCUGUAUAUUUUGAAAGGUCAGAUAUCUGGUAGUUUGGUUAGUGGUAGAUGUUUAAUCACGAUAGCAAACCAGUAUUUUGGUCGUCUGAGCCAAGAACAAGUGCCAAACCAGCAAUAAUGUAAUUUUAGAACUGAAUAUUACUGUUAAAUAAUUAGGUAGUGACAGAAUCACAGCCUUGGAUCCUCUUUUUGGCAACUUUGUAUUAUUUCUUAAUGCAAGUCAUCCAUAUAAUUUAAUUCAGAUAACUAUAGAUAUUUCUGGGACAGAGCAAUAGGAGACCAAGUAGUUAAGCACAUAAAUAUAUUUUUGGCUUUUCUCAGUUAAGGAGUGUUAGAAUUAUUAAAAUUAAGUAGCAAUAAACUUUUUCCAAAUCACGGUAGUGAGGUAUAAAUUAUGGAGUGGGGCUUCUUACAAAUAAAAUUUUGUGUUGCAUCCCUAACUAUAGGGUAUUAGGAUCUAAACACAAUUAAAAUUAUAUUCUAAACUGUAUGUAGUUAGAAUAUUGAAUAGCUUUGAUUACCAUUCAUGAGAGGAAUUACGUUCAAACAGUUUUAUGUUUCAAACCAAUAGGAUUUUUAUCUUCUGCCUUAGAAUCUAUUUCUUUCCUAAGUUUAGUUAAUGAAGUAACUAACAAAAGUACUUUUUUAAAAAUUAAGACUGAGGGCUUUCAUCUUUGUUCUGAGGUUUAAGUCUUAGGCUAUUCUUUACAAGUUUUUCCCACUUCUGUUUUUCAGUGCUGCUCACAGGAGAAUCAUUCUCUGCCCAGGUGCUGUGCAAGCUGCAGCCCCCUGCACUGUGGGCCCUUCCUCCCUGAUUUACUGCCCGGGUGCAUGGGUGCUUUUAGCACCUGUGAGUUUCUGAGCUGUGUUCACUUCAUUGAAGUAGAGGAAAGAAAAAUAUCUAACAGCUUUUGAUGUUAGGCUAUUAACCACUGCAUCAUACGUUUUCACCCUUUUUUGUCAUAAUUUUUAUUUAAGUGCUAAGCCAUCCAGAAAGACCCAAAGCCAGUUUUUGCACUGAGGUCAGUUAUCUUCAGUGUAAGGAGUUAGUUAUGAGGAUUUCCAGUGGUGCAGAUUUUAUUUGACCAGGUUCUGAUGCUCAUGUUAAGUAUUUCUUAUAUCCAGUCUCUCAAUUGAUUUAUUGUGCUUUUUACCCAUUAGAAGCCUGGAGGAGAAACAAGUUCUGUGCUCUUCUUAAUACUGAAAGAUCGUUUGCCCUGCAGACUUUCACCUUUCCCUUUUUCCUUUCUUCUUUCCCCUUGGUCUCUCCUCCUUUCCAUCCUAAGGAAUGUUUUCUGUCUUUGUAGAAUAUAUUCCCCAGGCAACUUACUGUUCAUAUUUUUCUUUACCCUCUUAUCCAAAUAUGGUUAAACAAUGGCACAUAAACUCCUAUUGUGAAUUAUUGGGAACUCUCUGAUGUUUAGUAGGUAACAACAGAUAACUCACCCUUCAGUGAAGCUUUUCUUACUCUUUUAGGAUGUUACUUGCUAUUUUCUCAUAUCCAUAUUAUUGAUUUAUUAGUUUUUCACGUGACAUUUGGCUUAGCUUGCUUGGACAGAGGAAGGUGGAGAUGACUAGUAUUGAUUAACAGCUUCUUUAGUCCUAUAAUUUAUACCUCAGUUGGGUCAAUGACACUGCAUCUGUGUCUGGCUCAUCAGCUGAAGGCAGUGGAAAUACAAACCUCACACAGGCACCACUGUCCUGAGUGUUCCUGUUCUUUGAUUUUGUCAGUGCUACACUAGCGUGUGUGUAUGUGUACCUGUGUGCAUGGACACUUCAUGAUUAAAGGGUGACAGUCUCUCUUCCUUGUGACAGCUGGUGUGCACAGUUGGUGGUUGGGAGGAGGUGAUCAGAGGUACAGCAGUGUUUAGGUUCCAGGCACUGCCAUCAGGUUCCAGGAACCACUCAGCAUUUUCUGACAUCACCAGUCACCUUUUUUGAAAUCUCCCCAUCCCAUUCACAGUGAUCAGUGGAAGAUGUGUUCUCAGGUCUUUUGCAACAAAUGAAUAAGGCAUAAAAAGUUCUUAAUACAGGGAUUUGCAUAGAAAAGAGGUAAUCCUUAAAGACACAAUGAGACAUGAUAUUAGGCAAAAAUGGCAUGUCAUAAAUUUAUUGGGACAUAGUGCCUGUUGGAUACAGGAUGCCUGAUUUGAAUGAUCAUUUGUUUUAUGUGUCUUGUGCAUAGCUUAGUCUUACUGGGUACAUGAAGGGGUCCAGAGAACUGUUAUUGCAAUAUUUUGCAGCAAAAGUAGCUGAAUGUUUUGAUCUGUGUUUUCCUGAUGCAUCUUUUUUGAACUUAAAAGAUGCAGAUGAGGACAAUUCAAGUAGAGUUUUCUUUCAUAAGAAUGAGGGUGCAGUCAGCAAUUUAGACUUCUCCUCCAAUGCAUUGCAGGGCCUGCCCACUGGAAGGAGGUUUUUCCUGUCGCUAAUGGAGACCGUCAGUCACCCAUCGACAUCAAAACUGAGGAAACCAAGUAUGAUCCCUCCCUUCGCCCUCUAAAUCCCAGUUAUGAUCCAGCUUCUGCUAAAAUCAUCCUUAACAACGGGCACUCCACCAGUGUGGAGUUUGAUGACACCGUCAACAAAUCAGGUUUGUUCCUUUAGUCUUGCACUGUAACUUCCUCCACCAGUUCCUAAAUAGAAUGCCUACAGCCUGGGCACAUCUCACUGCUGGAUAUGAACUACUUAUUAACAGUAAGGCUUUGCUCCUCUGGAUGAGAGAUUCCUUUUUCCCUGUCUUUCAGCAUGCUGCAGUGUGGGAACAUAUUUGGACACAAGUUCGAGGUUGUGUUUCUCAGCAAGUGUUGGGAUUCCCUACUUACAGGACUGGUUUGAUCCACCCCCACCAGAUGGAUAGUGCCAACUCCCUGUUUGAACAGUGUUGUUUACAAUUUUUCAAACGCUGCUCUCUCUCUCUCUCACUGCAGAUGAAUCCUUUGUGUCUCUUUACAGGUUCAUUCCAACCGAUUCACUCAAAGCUCUUAACUGAAUUUAGCUUCAGGUUUGGUUAUGUUUUUCCCCUAUACUCGGACUUCUUAUGACAAGUAAGAGCUGAUACAGAACAAGUGAAAUAGACCCCAAGGAAAUCCUUAUCUUCUCUGAAAAGUAUUAUUGUCCAAGUCUUUUCCAGGGGUGUAUAGCUUCCUUUUUUGCAAAUAAUAAUUCUUAUUUAGAAGUUCUGUGGUGUAUCAUAGUCUUUGUAAUGUUACUGCCUUCAUCUUUGAAACCAUCUCUUGGAUUUUGGGCAAGGCAGCAUGACUCUUCUUCAAGCUGUAAGAGUGCAGAAUCUUCAAGCAAUAAAAUAGUUUUGUGGCUGUGUGAGGCUUAGCUGAGGAUUCAAGACCAUAUGAUGCUUUCACAAGCAUCAAAGCCAGAGAGAGACUAAUUUUUGAUGACCCCUUAGUUCUGAGGACUUAUUAGCUCAUAGUGGCAAGAGGGAGAAACAUAGAUGGAGACACCGUCAUGUUUUUGUUUCCUGAACAGUCUUAGUUUUAAACUUUCUAUCAACAUUGGAUGUUGCCUGAAAGCCACCAGCUGACCAUCAAUGAUCAGUCUGACCUUGUGUCAGAUGCUGUGGAACUUCCCAGAAUUAAUCUCUGCUUCGAGCCUAGUAGAUGCUGGUGAACUAAAGCACAUCUCUUAGAAAAAUAUACAAUCUUGAUUUCAAAAUUUCCAGCGAUGCUGAACCUACCACAGCCUUUGGUAAGUUGUUCUAAUUGUUAAUUAUCCUCACGGUUUAAAAGAAAAAAGUUAAUGAAUGUGAAUACACCAAGAACUUCUUCCACUCUCUUUACUCCUUUCUUGAAGUGACAGGGCCUGAGCAAUGUUUCUCUAGGCUUCCCCUGGUACCAAAGCAAUGGUAAUGCAAUCCUCCUCUUACUGCUUUCCCCAGGCCAUAUCUUCAAGGAUAUAGUUCAUAUAAUGGCAAAGCACUGAGAGAUGUUGAUCAGAUAAUUAACAGAUGGAAUACCCAGUCUCCUUCAGUAGACGCCAUGUCAUCUAUGCAUGGACCAGAUUCUUCAGUUCACAAACAUGAAUAGAGUAAUUCACUAUUUUCCCUAAUAUUUGUCACUGACAAACUUUAUCAGUACUGUUUUUGUUUUCUUUCAGGUCAUUGCUCAAAAAAUACUGAAUUUUCUAGGGCCCAAAUUUGGCUUCUGGGGCACCUCUGUGAAUGCUGACUGGGGGGCCACUCAGCGGGACCUACAGGCUGCGCCAGAUUCACUUCCACUGGGGAUCCAAUGAUGAAGCUGGCUCUGAGCACACGGUGGAUGGGAUGAAGUAUGCAGCAGAGCUUCAUGUGGUCCAUUGGAAUGCAGAGAAGUAUUCCAGUUUUGUUGAGGCAGCUUGUCAGUCAGAUGGACUAGCAGUCAUGGCUGUAUUUCUGAAGAUUGGUGAAUGUAACCCUCAACUGAACAAGAUUACUGACCGCUUGGACACCAUCAGAAUCAAGGGAAAAAAAGCAUUAUUCACAAACUUUGAUCCCAGCUGUCUGCUUCCCAAGUCCCUGGACUACUGGACUUACUUUGGCUCUCUCACUGUUCCACCUCUUCUUGAGAGUGUCAUCUGGAUUGUUCUGAGAGAGCCCAUAAGUGUUUGUUCUGAGCAGCUGGCCAAAUUCCGCAGCCUCCUGAGCACUGCUGAGGAUGAGGCCGCCUGCUGCUUGCUGAGAAACUUCCGGCCUCCCCAGCCUCUGAGGGGACGAGAAGUCAGAAGGAAUUGAAGGAGUAAAUCCAGAGUAGGCUCCCUCUGAAACCAAAGGCUGAAUUCAUUUUAAUAGUUAAUAUACUUUGUGAUGUUUUAAUUUUUUUUGUGAGUUGUUUUAACCAAUAGGUAUUAGUGGUUUCCAUGCAGUCAUUUCUCACAGGCAAGUAUGUCUGGAGUUAUCACAGGUUCGUUGAUGUUAACUGGGUUUGAGUGCAUUGGAAGCACUGAGCCAUCAGCAUUGCAUACACAGAGGUCACUGCUAAUAAUAAGGGUCAAAUGUGGAGAAGGAGUUGUCCAGAUUUUCCUACCAAAUUGCUGAACAAGAUCCUUGGUAUUAUUGACAGUAUAGGAUGUUCUGGGAUUAGUCUUCUGGUCUCUAACAUAACAUUUAGCUUCUGUAUAAACCUCACAUUACAUUUUUCAAGGAAAAAAAUAUUUCAAGAAUGAUGUAAUUUCAUUUCUGACUUCUGCAAUACCAUAUUUACUUUCCUACAAAAAGCAGUAAUGACUAGCAGCAUUUAAGUAAAACAGAUAUUGAUAUGAUUCUGUUAUUCUGGCUGCUUCAUAGCAGUAAUCGUGUACUGAUUGAUAGGUUUUUUAAAAGCAAAUAGUAAGGAUUUUGUAUAUUGCAAGAUCAUGUCAGGUAGAUUAGGUAUUCCUGAAUUCUACAAUGUCACAAGAUGAAAUUGUCCUGAAACCUGAAAACUGCAAGGUGGAAGGACAUAGAGGGAGCUGUUUGUGCUUAAAUCCAGUUUAUUGCACUUGGUGAAGAAUAAGGGAUUAUUACACUAUAUCCAUGUAGCAUCAGACUUUUGCCACAUAAAAUCAAAAGGCAGGGGUAGCUGUUGUUCCAGACUGUUGCAUGCUGCAGUGUGAAGCACAUGCUGCUUACCUCUGAUCUCGCUGUGGAGCACAGUACUGCCCAGGUACAGAAUGUGUCAAGGUGCUGGCUGAUGUUCUGCUGUCAUAGGUGAACUUCAGUAGUUGCACUUACAUUCCAAGACCAAAGAGAAUAGUCAGAGAGAGCCAAAGAAAUUGGAAUCAAGUCAACAUCUAAUAAAAAGCUCAGUAGCAAUAUGUUGAAACAUCUGUCUUUAUGAGUUGACUUGAGCCAGUGUUUCUCUCAGGAGCUUUUUUUAUCUCAAUAUGACUGGGGUUUUUUACACCAAAUAUUUUUAUUAAUGAACAUGCCAUAGGAUAUAGCUUAGGAUAGAAUUAGAUUUACUCUCAAACUGUGAGAACUACAUAGUGAAAUCCAGGGAGUGAUACCUGAAAGAGGUAGCUAGAGGUUUUACUGGCAGCAACUAACACCAAUCUCUAUAGUACUUCUGACAAAUUUGUCUUCCAUAACUGCACUCCUUGAAUUCAUUUUUAAAUAGGUUUUAUAAGCUCUGCCUUUUACCUCAGUAGGUCAUUUGAUCUUAGAUGAACAAACAUAAGGGAAAUCACAGUCAAGAGUGACUUUAUAUGCUGUUUUAGAACAAUAAAUUAGACAUAGAGAUAUAGAUAUUUUAUCCUAGUUUAAGAUAUGUGGAAUUCUUUGUUUUCUCCUCCCCAGAAUAUAGCUAUUAUAUUCUGCAAGGCGUCCCAAUGGCUUUUGAAUAUUUUCUGAAGAAAAGAACACAGACCACUGGAGAAAAAAAAGGCAUUUAGCAGCACUAAAAGGAAAAGUGAGAGUGUGUUGAAUGUUUUCACUCUCUUUUUUAGACUUAGGAUUGGAUCUCAUCUGUUUCCCUGUUAUGUGAGUAGCUACAGAAUGUGUAAAAAUAUUUACAAAUGGCAGGAAGGAUACAAAGGAUUUGUUGGUCUCAGAAGAGGAAGGAAUAAGGCUACUGCUUCAUAUUGUAAACAGAAGUUUUACAUAUUUCUUACAUAUUGUAAACAGUAGAGUUGACUCAAUUCUUUUAUAUUUAUAAGGAUUUUAUAAAAAUAAAAUAUGGAUUUUA